GCACAGUCUCGGCCGUGGCGGUGAGAGCAACGACUUCCGAGAAAUCUCUUGCGUUUCCAAGCAAAAAUUCGUCGUCUUCGAUCGAGGAACGAAGCUGCCAUCGGCAAUGGGGAACGAGCAAUCGAGGGCGGCACCAUCGCUGAUGGCGGCGAUGGCGAAGCUGGGCGAGCAGGAACGACGGUUUAACACCGCCACGGACUCCGAGUCGGGUUCGGUGCAACGGCCGAAAGCGCGGCUGAUCAUGGUGAUGAACCAACUUCCAGUCUGCGCCACCAAGGACCCCUCGGCCCCCGGGGGGUGGAUCUUUAACGAGGACGAGGACUCUCCCAUCGCCCACCUCACCGAGAGCUCACCGGCCGGCGCAGAACUCGUCUUGGUAGGCACCCUCCCUUGCGCCACCGAUCUUCCUCAGAAGCUAUGUACCAACCUCACCACCCAGGGCCUCCGCCUCCAUGACUUCCUCUUCUUUCCUGUCUUCAUCCCGUCACAAACAGAGUCUAUGGUCUCCUGCGUCUGCAACAAAUACCUCAACCGCGCCCUCCAUUCCGUUCUCCCUUUCACCAUAGACGAACCCUGCUACGACCUUGGCACCACCACGGCCUGGUACCAAGCCACGGCCCUCUUUGCGGACGUGGUCGCCAGAACCCUCACCUCUGGAGAGGACCUCGUCUGGGUGCAGGACUACCAUCUCUUCCUCCUUCCCUCUGUCCUCCGUUGCCGCCGCCCGUACGUCCGCCUCGGCUUCUCCCUCCAUGCCCCCUUUCCCUCCCCGGACUUCUUCCUUCCCCUUCCCCUCGCCGUCCGAAUCCUCCGGUCUCUUCUCUGCUGCGACCUGCUCGGCUUCCACGCGCUGGACCAGGCCCGCCACUUCCUUGCCUGCUGCCACCGCGCCCUCGGGCUCCGCCAGUGCACCCGCCUCUCUCCGUCCCCCGACGGCUUUCUCGGCAUCAACCACCUCGGCCGCACCAUCGGGAUCCACGUUCUCUUCCCUGGCAUGGCCCGCUUCCAGAUGUCAAACUACUACUCCGCCGCCCAGUCCACACCUGUCCAAGAAGAUCUUUCUCGUCUCCGCGACCGAUUCAGUGGCAAUAUCGUUCUCCUCGGCAUGGACGAUUUGGACGUCUUCAGUUCCAUCAAUCUCAAGCUGCUUGCCGUCGAGCGGCUUCUCCAGAGGCAUGCCCACUACCGGGGCCGUAUCGUCCUGGUCCAGGUGAUCACCGGAAUGGACCCCGAAGACGAGCGCAGCACCUUGCUCCUCCAGGAUAUCCGCGCUAACUGCGAGAGAAUAAACAGCGUGUUCGGUUCGGAUCUUUACAAGCCGAUAGUGUUAAAAAGACGGGCGAUGAGCUCAGAAGUCAAGGCCGCACACUACAUGCUCGCCGACUGCCUUGUGAUCACGGCCAUGAGGUGCGGAGCAAAUCUUAUCCCCUACGAGUACGUUGUUUCGCGUCAGGCCGACCCCUCAACCCCUUCCGCACCGAAGAAGAGCAGGCUUGUCCUAUCGGAGUUCAUGGGGUGCUCGCAGGCGCUAAGCAGGGCGACCACGGUCAACCCACUGAACAUCGACGACACAGCGGAAGCGUUGGCCAAAGCAAUCGACAUGAGCGAGGAGGAGCAGCAGGAACAGCAUGAGAAGCACCACACCUUCAUCGAAAACCACGAUGUGGCCUACUGGUCCAGGAGCUUUGCCGAGGAUCUGAGGAGCUGCACCGAGGACCACCUCAACAACAGAGUGAGAAUGGAUGGUUCGAUCGUGACGGUACAUAAAGAGAGCUUCACAGAGCUCCAGAAACAAAGGGUAACCAUGGCUUACAUGAACACUGCGACCAGGGUCUUGCUGUUGGACUAUGAUGGGACUCUGGAAUCCGUGAUGGACACACCACAAACAUGGGUGAUAGAAACCCUGAACGCCCUGUGUGCUAUGCCCAAGAACACGGUCUUCAUCGUCAGUGGAAGAACAAAGAAGGAAUUACAAACGUAUUUUGGGGCGUGCAGAGGUCUUGGGAUCGCUGCCGAACAUGGCUACUACGUAAGGUGGCCCGGAAAAACUGAAUGGAUAACUGCAGAUGACGGCGACGACCUUGAUUGGGUCCGUAUCGCUCGGCCAGUGAUGAAAUGGUACACCCGGGCCACGAACCAUUCCGUAAUGGAGAUCAAAGACAGUGCACUUGUGUGGCAGUGCCGACAUUCGGACGCGACCUAUGCAUCUGAGCAGACAAACGAGAUGGCGGACCAUUUAAAGGAUCUGCUGAUGAACGAGCCGGUAGCCGUCAAGACCGGAGACCGUUCAGUGGAAGUCCAUCCGAAGGGUGUUAACAAAGGCUCAUGUGCCAAGAAGAUCCUCUCGGCAAUGGCAGACCACCGUCACCGAGCGGACUUUGUGCUGUGCGUCGGUGAUGACUCCUCGGACGAGGAAAUGUUCGAACUUUUCGCCUCCAAAAAGCACGAGGAUGUCGUUGCUUCUCGCGCCACCGUGUUCACCUGCAAGGUUGCCGGGAAGCCCAGCAGGGCCAAGUAUUAUCUGGAAAACAUGGAGGAGGUCAAAGGUUUGCUUGUAGCUCUUAAAAAUGCCGUGGGACCGAUAUUCCACCGCCCGCACGGAUGAUAUCUGCAGUGAAGUUGGACAUGUCAUCGGGGAUAGGUUGAGAGUGAUUUGCUGGACCCGAACAAUCAAUUCGUAUGCUGUCUCUGCUUCCCAUGAUUGCUUCGAUUCUGGACACAAGUUAUAUGCGCGUGGCGUCGAGGAGCAAGAGGGAUCUUCGACUUACAAAAUAUUUAAUCAAAUUUGU